UAGCUUGCUAGUAGUCAGUCGGCUAACAGCAGCCGUGAGUCCAUCUGCGUUCGCGAGCGCGCGCCGCCCCCCCUCGUCGCCCGACCCCGUGCGCGAGCCAAACUUUUCAGUUUUUGUAUACCAUUUUUGAUGUGUCGUUUUGAUUAAUAAUUCCGUGACUGACGUUACAUCCUUCGAGCUGCAUCCUCGUUCGUAUACAACUCCCACUGGUCGCACGUUCGUCUCUGUGUACGAGUGUAUAAAUGUAUAAUAUCAAUUCUGUACUGUGAGUUCGAAUGGUGCUGCGCUGUGUCGCGACUCUCUCUCUCUCUCGUUCGCGAUCGCGUAUUAUCCUUUCCCGUGUGUACAUCAAGCCUAUGAGUGUGUGUACAUACGACUCGCAGGAGCGAGAAAAUAUCUGUGAACUCCGAAUCUCGAGACACCAAGUAUAAACACAUACAUUCACACACUCACACACGUUGAUGCUGUGCGCCGCUAUAAUGUAACGCUGUACAAUUGAUACACAGCUACGCAUAGACGCGACAAGAUAUUUCUCUCGAUGAAUUGGCAAUGAACGACGUGAACUCUCGUCGUACAUUUAAACUGGUGCCGAUGCAACAUCGCUGCGACGACGAUCAUCCGACUGUCGCCGACUCCGGAUCCGAGAGACACAUAUCCUCGGGCACGAGAGGAUGAGCGAGAAUCCGACAACUUUUCCCGCUACUCCGAAACAUACGUACAUCAAGACGAAGACGAAGAAGAAGAGUAUAUAAGUGUAUAGGAGAACACGAGUAUAUAGUGAUCGUGUGUAAGUGUGUUGUUGUGCCGCUCCGUAUAUAAUACAUGAUAGUGCUCCGAAAGUGACGAGAGUUUUGCCUUUAAAAUCGCGUUGCCGCAAACUUGGAUAUUAUAUUUAUACAUAAAAUUCGUAUGUAUAUAUGUGUGUUUGUGUGUGUCGUCUGUGAGCGUGUGUGCGCUGUAAACGAGUCGCUCGCAGCAGCAGCAACAGCAAGUGAUAGGUGCGAGUGCGUGUGCGAAUAAAGCAAAGAAGGAUACAAUAAAGAGAGGAGUGUGUGCGAGAGAGAAAGAGAGUGAGAACGUGCGAGGGAAGGACGAAGAUGGCUGCGAGGCUCUCCAGGCAGGUGCUGUGUGAUGCUUCGAGCCUCCUCCUGCUGCCGCUGCCACUACUCGCUAUAAUGCCGUUCAACAGUAUAUCGUAGUCGUCUGUUUGUGUAUAUAUGUGUACAUAUAUAUAUAAUACAUAAAUGCAUGUCUGUGCCGCCGCCGCAGCCUCGACGUCCGUAUGUGUUUACCCACUACGAUACCCGCUACAUGCAUCGAGCAGCGCCGAUUAUACAUACGAUAUUUCACGCACACACAAAUACACACACAAGCUCGUUGUCGUACGAGCUAAAGGUGAAUAAGCCCAACGAGUAAGAAGAGAGAGAGACAAGGAGGCGAAAGGAAAGAGAAGAAAAUAACAGGGAAAAAAAAGGAGCCAAGGAGUCGUGAAAAAGGCUAAAAAUCCCUACGACUAUGCUACGACUGGAGAGUAUUAAGGCAGCUCUCUCCUCAGACUCUGCCAGGAUGACGUAUGAACCGAGAUGCCUGCUACUGUUGUUUCUGCUCUUGUUCGCCGAGGUCACACGAUCCGCCGAUUUGGCGAUCGAGAUUCCGGGUAACCUCAGCCAGGGAGGAGCGACGUACAGACUGGAUUACACGCCGCGAGUGGGCUAUCCACCGCCCAACACGACGAUCGCCGCCUCCGACAUCGGGGACGUGAUCAAGUUCCGCGACGGGCUGCCCGGCACCCGCUACGAGUAUUGGCUCUUCUACACCAACGACACCCUACACGAUUGGCUCACUUGGACUGCUUCCAUAACGACUCCCCCGGACCCACCGUCGAACCUCACGGUGCAGGUGAAGAGCGGCAAGUCCGCCGUGGUCCACUGGGAUCCUCCGAGGCAGGGGAAUUACUCGGGCUUCCGCCUCCGAGUCCAGAGUUUCAACGACGCUGGUAAUCCCUGGACGAGCGUCGUGCCUGCCGACGCUGCACCUUACACCCUGAGAGAUCUGACUCCGGGCGCGACGUAUUCGCUGCAGCUCUACACGGUCCUCGACACCAAGGAGAGCGUGGCUUAUACCAGUCGCAAUUUCACAGCCAAACCAAACACUCCGGGCAAGUUUAUCGUGUGGUUUCGUAACGAGACGACCCUGCUGGUGCUGUGGCAGCCCCCCUAUCCACCGGGCAUUUAUACGUACUACAAAGUCAGCAUAGAUCCGCAGGAUGCCGCUGAGUCGGUGCUUUACAUUGAAAAAGAGUCCGAGCCACCCGGACCAGCACAAGCGGCUUUUAAAGGACUCAUUCCUGGUCGAGCCUACAACAUCUCUGUGCAAACUGUGUCGGAGGAUGAGACUUCAGCGCCGACAACGGCGCAGUACCGGACUGUGCCGCUGAGGCCGUUGAAUGCGACGUUCGAUAAUUCGUCGGUAACUUCGACUUCCUUCAAAGUUUACUGGCAGCCGCCCAAUGGAACGUCGGAGUUUGACAAGUAUCAGAUCUCGCUGGCUGGUAACAGGCGCUUUUCGCCCGUAACGCGAAACCGAGAAGACGAGUGCAAAUGGGAGUUCAAAGACCUGGAGCCAGGAAAGACUUAUCAAGUGGUGGUAAAGACGUUUUCAGGAAAGGUCUCUAGUUGGCCCGCCAGUAAAGAUGUCACGCUGAAACCACUGGCGGUACGCGAUCUGCAUGCCGAAGUCGACGAAAAGACAGGUAUGGUCGAGGUCUCUUGGAUUCCUGAUAACAGCAGUACCCAAGAUUCCUAUAAAAUUGAAUAUCACGAGAUCGAAGGUACCAUAGGAGGCGACGGCAAUGUUUUAAUAACGAACAAAACUAGGAUCACCCUGGAAGCUCUACUGCCUGGAAGGAAUUACUCAAUAUGUGUUCAAGCCAUAAGUAACAAAGUUGAAUCGAAUGAGACCAUUUUGUAUCAAGUCACCAAACCUUCGUCACCCAUAAUAGAAGAUCUGAAAUCGAUCGAAAAGGGGUUGAAUAUUUCUUGGAAGAGCGAUGUAAAUUCUCGACAAGAAAAGUUCGAGGUGACUCAUAACCGAAAUGAUACGGGCGAAAGUGCAACUACGUUAACAACGGAAUCUCACAUAAUGCUUGAAGACCUUCAUCCUGGAGCCGGUUAUGAAGUUAAAGUCUUCGCCAUAAGUCACGGUUUGCGUAGCGAGCCUCACUCCUAUUUCCAAGCCGUCUUACCACAUCCUCCACGUAAUCUGAGUAUCGAAAAAGUAACUGCUAACACGGUUGUUGUACACUGGUCAGCUCCUACAGAUUCGAUAUUUUCUGAAUACGCUAUCAGAUAUCGCACAGCAGAUGACCCAAGAUGGGUAAAAUUGCCUGCGGUUAAGGAAACCGAAGCCGAAGUUACCGACAUGUCGCCGGGUGAGCGUUACACCAUCCAGGUUAACACUGUUAGUUUCGGAGUUGAGAGCUUGUAUCCUCUAAAUGUCAGCCACACGAUUCGUCCGAAUCCAGCUGUUAAUAUAACACCAGUUAUCGAUUCUACCAAUGUUACCUUGGAAUUCAUACGCCCCGAAGGACGAAUCGAGUAUUACGUACUGAAAUGGUGGCCCGCAGAAAUACCAGAAGGUAUGCGCACCAAGAACGUCACAGCUAGCAGUCUACUUGGUUACGAGGAUCCUUAUCUCGGAUCGUCCGUCGCACCAGUCUUGAAUCCUAAUAUCGAGAGAAUCCUUGUGGAUGAAUUGAUACCAGGAGUCGAGUACGUCUUCACUGUUUACGCAGUAUCGUACGACCUGGUCAGCGAUACCACGAGUGUCAAGACCCGCACGAUGCCGCUGAUCCAGUCCGAAGUAGUAGUCGUCGUCGAUCGUGACCAGCCGGACUCGCUGCAUCUGCGUUACACGCCUACUCCCCGGGAAUCGUCGCACUUUGAUCUUUAUCGAUUCCGUAUCAGCGACGCUGUCAAUACCACGCAAGAGAGGACCGUCAACGACACGGCCAAAGUUUCGUUUACCGGUUUGAUACCCGGCCGAUUGUACAACGUUACCGUUUGGACCGUCAGCGAGAACGUCGAGAGUCGGCCCCUCAUCAGAAGCGAUCGUCUAUAUCCGGAACCGGUGACGGCCAUAAAUGCGACGGAGAUCAACGACACGAAGAUCACAUUGGCUUGGGACCCACCUCGUGGCGAAUACGAGGCGUUCGAAGUGCAGUACACCAAUCACGAGAACGUCUACGUGCAAAAUAUCACCACUCAGAACGGCAUCACCAUCGAGGACCUCAGACCGUACCGCAAUUAUACCUUCACUGUGGUGGUGCGCUCGGGCUCGGAAUCGAAUUAUCUCAGGCACUCGAAUCCGCUGAGUGCAAGCUUCACGACGAGCGAGUCGUAUCCCGGCCGCGUCGACAAGUUCCAUCCGACCAACGUGCUGCCGAGCGAAAUCAGCUUCGAGUGGUCACUGCCGGCCAGCGAGCAGAAUGGCAUCAUUCGCAAGUUCAGCAUUACAUACGGUCUCGAGGGUUCGACGUUCACGCAGGCGCGGGACUUCAAGCCGACGGACUACCGCGGCACGAUCAAGAAUCUGAUGCCUGGCAAGACCUACAUCUUCCGCAUCCAGGCGGAGACGCGAGUCGGCUACGGGCCCGAAGUCAUCUGGAAAGAGACUAUGCAGAUUCUGGCGCCACCCAAGCCACCGCCGCAGGUCGUGCCGUCGGAGGUCUCCAAGACCAGCACCACCAUACAGAUCAGAUUCCGGAAGAAUUACUUCGCCGACGCCAAUGGGCCAGUGACGUCCUAUACUAUCAUCGUCGCCGAGGAUGACAGUAAGAACGCCAGUGGCUACGAGAUGGCACGUUGGCGAGACGUACAGAAAUACAGCGUUUGGCCUCCCUAUCAAGUAAUUGAGCCGUACUCACCUUUCAAGAACGGCUCGGUCGAGGACUUCACUAUUGGCACGGAGGAAAAUUGCGAGACCAGGCAGGGAUUCUGUAACGGGCCGCUCAAGCCUGGCUCGACCUAUAGGGUCAAAGUUCGAGCUUUCACGGCCUCGGAUAAGUUCACGGAUACCAACUACAGUUUUCCAAUCCAAACCGACAAGGAUAACCUGGGAGUCAUAGUCGGUGUCAUAGUACCAAUCUUAGUACUAAUUUGCGUUAUUAUAUUGGGCUUAAUCAUAAGAAGUAAGCGAAGAAAAUACGGACGCAAAACCACCGAAGCCAGAGCAACUGAUGACCUUUCGCUGCCGGACAGCAUAGUCACCACGAACCGACCAAUAGAAGUAGAAAACUUUGCGGAGCAUUAUCGGUUGAUGUCGGCCGAUUCAGAUUUCCGUUUUUCUGAAGAAUUCGAAGAGCUGAAGCAUGUUGGGCGGGAUCAACCUUGCAGUGCGGCUGACUUACCUUGUAACCGACCCAAAAAUCGAUUUACCAACAUUUUACCCUACGAUCACAGCAGAUUUAAGCUGCAACCAGUGGAUGACGAGGAGGGCUCCGAUUACAUCAACGCUAAUUACGUACCGGGGCACAACUCGCCAAGAGAGUUCAUUGUCACGCAAGGACCCUUACCGUCGACAAAGGAUGAUUUUUGGAGAAUGGUAUGGGAGAGUAACAGUAGAGCUAUUGUCAUGCUCACGCGUUGCAUAGAAAAAGGGCGAGAGAAAUGCGAUCACUACUGGCCCACCGAUACAAUUCCGGUAUAUUAUGGGGAUAUAUCAGUUACGGUUUUAAAUGAGACACAUUAUCAGGACUGGAGUAUAACUGAAUUCAUGCUACGGAAGGGGGGUGAAUCGAGAGUAAUACAACAUUUCCAUUUUACGACAUGGCCGGACUUCGGAGUACCAUCACCUCCGCAAACUUUGGUUCGUUUCGUUCGAGCCUUCCGCGAGCGAGUCCAACCAGAUCAGCGUCCGAUUGUCGUCCAUUGCAGUGCCGGAGUCGGUCGCAGUGGCACUUUCAUCACUCUCGACCGUAUCCUUCAGCAGAUAUUAGUCAGCGAUUACGUGGAUAUCUUCGGAAUUGUUUGGGCAAUGCGCAAAGAGCGCGUUUGGAUGGUUCAAACAGAGCAGCAGUAUAUAUGUAUACACCAGUGUCUUCUGGCAGUACUUGAGGGACUAAAUGGAGGGAAUGGCCCACCCAGAGAGAUACACGAUAAUCAGGGCUUUGAAGAAAAGAAAAGCAGUUCGAUUGGCAGUGCUAACUCAAGUCGAGUUGAAGGUGAAAAUAGUAAUGCAAAUGAUAACGAGAAUGACGAUGAGAAUGAAAUUGACGUUGACGACGAAGAAGACGACGAUGAUGACGAUGAUGAUGAUGGUGAUGACGACGACGUUGACGACGAAGUAGUCGUUAAUGAAAAUGAUAGCGACGAUGAAGCCGAAAGCGCUACUAAAAAUAUUACUGAAAAUUACACGUUGACGAUUGAAAAUGAGAAAGAAAAGAGUCACGAUAUUAUCAGUAUUAAGGAUAACGAUAGCGAGCCCGACAAUGUUAGUAAAAAUGGUAUCGAAAAUGAAAAUGAAACGAAAAAUGAAAAAGAAAGCAAAAAUGAAAUAGAAAAAAAGAGCGCAAAGGUUAUCGAGACAGAGAGGUGACAUUCAAGCAGCGAGUACUACUCCGACGAUGAUGAAGGUAUUGCGGAGUCAGGAAUGUGAGGAGCACGAGCGAUUAAUUCCGAGUUGUUCCCGUAACAAAUUGAACAAUCAUGAGGAUAUAGACAGUAUCGACGAAGCAGAAUCGGUUAGCAUCGCCGAAAGUCAAGAAGAGGAAGUAGAAGAAUCUAACUCGUCACCACUCAUUGAUCGACGAAGUAUGCCUAGCCGAUGACUAAAAAUUUAAAGCCCCCCUUGCACCCAAAUGCAGACACUAUAUGCAUAAAAUGAUGUCAUAUAAGAACAUGUGUAAUACUGCUGAUUUAUCAUAAUUAGAUACUCAGCAGACUCCGUCCAAAUCGUUGUAUUGAACGUAUGCAAUCAAGGAUAUGCGUAUGAAUAAUUGUUCUCAAAAGAAGAAAAUGUUAUUUGAAUUGUUUGGCUAGUCAAAUCAAACUAUCGCUGAUAAAUAUUACAAUGCCGUUGAGUUUAACUUUUGUGUAAUAUAAUAAAUAGUUUGUAAUGUAUAGCUUGAAAAAAAUUUUAGGUCGACUCAUUGUAAAUUUGUUAAACUUUUCUUCUUAUAAGAGACAUUCAUAAACAAGAACAUGCACAUGAUCUCCAAAUAUCCUUGAUACGUUUACAAUUACUUAAUAAUUUUUUGUAAAUAAUUAAUUUACCUGAUGUAGAGCGAUUCAUCAAGUUUUCGCGUUAAUAUUUCAUCAGUUAGUUUUGUGAUAUAUAAAUGCAAUUAUUAUAAAUUCUAUAUAUUAUUAUAUCGUAUAGAGCUGACUUUUUCAGAAGCCAUUCGAUGGUUAAUUUUUAUUGUAAUAUUUAAUUCAUCAUGAUAAUAGCUACUAUAAACUUAAUUCUAUUUCAAGAUAUUAUUAAGAUUAUUUCGUUAGUGUAAUUACUUGUGUAUGUAAUUAGUUUUGAUAAGUUAUUUUAAACGCUUCAAUGAUGUUGUUACGAUUUGUAAAUUCACGGAGCAAUACGAGAUACACAGAGGUCGGCUUUUGAAUUAAAAAACGGUCGAGCGAUUUGUCUUUUCAGUCAAGUACCAUUGUAAUUAUGAAACAUUAUGAAGAUGCAACACAAUGAACGAAUUUUCUAAAUAAUCUUGUUGAAAUAUGAUCCAAAUGUUAUUCCUGACAACUUGGCGUAUAUGUCAUUCAUUGAAAGUUAAUUUUAAAAAGUACGUUAAAUAUGUGGGAACAAAAUACUCGCAUCUUCGGAGAAAAGCAUUGUCUCGCUAAAUGCUAAAACUUUGAAUUUGUUAAAAUUGUGUGAGUAAUCAGGGAAAAGCUUUUAUCUAAUGUAGCUGAUCAUGUAUAAGUUUCGAGUUUUAAAUUGUUUGACAAAGAUAAGGUAACAUAUUCAGUGGUUGACCGGCACCCAAAAAUGACUAUUUUUCGAAUAUUUAACAAUAACCUAAUACUUCUAUAAGUUAUUACUAUUGUUUUAUCUAAAGCGGUCAUUUUCUGGUUAUAUUCUAAAUAUACCAGUCAAUCAUUGAGUAUAUAAACCUUGAAUAGUCGUUGAGAUGUGCAAAAAUUGAAUAUUCAAUGGUAUUGCCAAAUGUAUAUAAAUAUAUGAAUUAUGUUUUAAUAUCUCAAUAUUCGGAAAUGACUUAUGAUUUGUGGCACUAAAGUUUGUGAAAUAUAUUUAUCCGUUCUGCGAGAUUGAAAAAUCUACAUUUAAUGUCAGUAAACAUCGAAAGUUGUAGCGAAAAUGUUCAUACUCAGAUGUCUUGUAUAGGUGAAUACAUAUCGCUCAAUUGAUAAAAUUACUCAUGGUGCCACGACGUUUGUAAUUCUGAGUUACCGACAAAAAUAAGGAAUGGUGAUAAAGUAAUAGUAAAUUGUUCUUUGAGCAAUUAAAUGUUAUCACUUUGCCACUAAUCCACUGUAUAAAUGUAUUAUAUAAAUGUUUCUGCACAUACAAACUAUGCGAAAGAAAAAUAUAAUUUACCUUUCUGUUCUUGAAAAUUGUACGCUUGUCGGUAAAUCAGUCUUCCUAGAACUCUUAUAAAUGUAAGUUAUAAGUAAUGAUGAUCAGUUAAACAUUCGUCUCUAAGACGUAAUGACGUUUUUACGUUUUAAAACAAAAACAAAAAACUAAGUUGUAAAGAUUCAUCUAUCAAACAUUCUAUCGAAAAUUAGCGUGUAUUAUUAUUAAGAUUGUUAUUGUUUUCGCAGCAUUUUAUCAUUAUUAAUUAAUAGUAAUAUUAUCGGUUAGUAUUAUUCAAGUUUUAAUUAUUGAUAGAACUGCGUAACAAUUUGCCAUUUUUCUAUUAUAUAUAUUUAUAGUAUAUAGAUUUGUGCUUAAGAUUUUUAUUCCUGUUUCGAUUUAUUGGAAGAGCAAAUCGGUGCGAUGAUUUUUUAUCGAAAAGAAUAAAAACGUUGAUAAUCCUUUCGGAUUCGUCAAUUGCUGGUUAUUCAACCUGUUUAGAACGUUUGAAAUUCUAUUUUUACAAACUUGAUCUGAAAUGUUAAUACACUGAAAAAAAUGAAAUAAAGUUGUGUAUAUUAAUUUUUUAUGACUUGAAUUUUUUUUAUUAUCCAAAGUUUUAAUGAAUAAUUUUGAAUAUUGAAAAACUCUUGAAGUUUUUCUCAUUUGACAGGAGCCGCACAAAAACAAUUUUCUGCGAGAAAAAUUUAUUACAUUUGUAAGAAAGACAACAGAACAAGUUUGUAACAUGCAAAAAGAAGACAUUAUUUCGCUAUAUCGGCCUAAGCCGUAAAAAUGCAUCGGAUGUAUUGUAUGUAACCGAAGAAAGUAAUUAAUGAAUUUUGUAUUUAUCUUGACGAAUAACUUUCAAUCUCAUGCAAUCAAUUUUUCAUAACUUGAUUUAUAAAUUUUAAACAAAAGAUGCAGAAUGGAUUUACGUCUUACUUUGUGAUAAUAAUUGAAUUAGAAUUAUUUAUUGAGACUAACUCACAUUUAUUAAAGGAAUCUAUUUUACCGUUGUUAUAAAUUCGGUUUCUCUCAAAUGUAUUGAUGUAAGAUGUUACAAAAGGAAACAGCUAACUGAAUGGAAAUAAAAAAGAGUAUUAGAGUG